AGGAAAAAGCUGGUGGCGCGCGCGAGCGAAAGAGAGGGAAGAGUUAGGUCGCAGUCGGAGCUGCGGCCAGCGACCGACUACGCGAACCAUUAACGCGCCAGCGAGCGAGCGAGAAAAAGACGAAACGAACGAAGCAAGAAAGAUACGAGACUGCCGAGUCCAAUAUUCGAGUGCUUCGAGUGCUUCGGCUGGUUUGGAGCAGGUCCCAUGCACGAGGUCGGAGCUCGCGCGCGCCACUAGCAGCGUGGUUCGGCGCGACCGGCUUGCAGCGAGGCGCCGUCAAAGCGCUGCAUCUCGGGCGCGCUUCCUCCCUCUUGGCACCGACUGCCUGUCUGCCUGACUGACUGACUGACUGACUCGAGAACUUGGCCAAUCGCUCUCCGACGGUGGAACUGGCCAGUAGUGCAGCCGCUACAAGCUCAGUCGGACUCGGCCGUUCGGUUAUAAAGCUCGCUCGGGGCUCCUCCGCGACAACGUGCCUCGCUAUACGAGAUCUAGGCCGUGUCUGUGUGCAGUGCGUGUCAGCCAAGUGCAUCGGUGCGUUGCGUACGUGUGUUUCUGUGUCUCUGUGUCUCUUGUGUGUGUGUGUCUGUGUGUAGAUUUCACAGUGCAGGCAGUCGAGGUGUCGCCGGUCACGCAUCGGCCUCGCUCGACAACGCCAGUGGGUGUGUACAGUGCGUGCGGAACGGCAGCAGAAGCACACGCUGCUAUACGCGUUUGCGGCGCGCUUACACGAGUCGGCGAGCAGACAGAGCUGCCUGCAAAGUCUCUGCGUGCGUACGUUAUCAACGCUGGCAGGCGUGUUCGCGACAGAUCGGGACCAUGAGAGGAUCGACGAAGCUCUUGGGCAACGAUCGGCUGCUCGGCUACGGUCUACCGGAACUGCCCGUCGUGUCUUGCACUUUUCCGACGAAUCGCCGGUCUCUCACCUAGAGCCAGCACAGCCCUCGUCAACGUCCAUCUCUGACGAAGAAGUAUUGGCAAUUAAAAGAAAAAGUAGAAACCAUCUCUGAGAGAAACAGCGGAAAUGUCAUCGAGCGAUGUUCCGUUUCUGCUUAUCACCGCUAAUGUCGGGAGCAUCUUCGAAGAGCCGAGUACUAUGCUAAAAUUAUGGACCGAAGAAUUUUUAUCGACAAUAGCUCGGCUCGAUCCGAAAUUCAUCGCUCUUCAUUGCCAAGAAGUCGGAGGAAAAAAUUAUGCCGAGAGCAUGCGCCAUGUAGAAGAAUUUGUGAGAUUGUUGAUUUCCUCCGAAGAACUACGACUAUUCGACAAAGUGAGAGUCUUUCUCGACGAAGAUUUUUCGUCAGCAGAACAUUUUACUGCCCUUGGAAACCUAUACUUUGCGCAUGAAAGUUUAACCGACGUACAGCUUUGGGACUUUAAAGCGGGAGUUUUUGAACCGGCAACUGGUACGGAGAUUCAUUCGGGCAAUAUCGAAACCGUGCCAACGAAAGAAAAGGCGAAAUUUCCUCAGGAUUUUUUUCCUGAGUGCAAGUGGUCUAGAAAAGGGUUUCUCAGGACUAGGUGGAGCAUCAAUGGAACUGUCUUUGAUCUCAUAAACAUUCAUCUUUUUCACGAUGCCAGUAAUUUUAUCGCCAUGGAAACAUUCCCGUCAGUGUACAGUAAAACUCGUCGCAGAGCUUUGGAGCAUACAUUAGAUAGGUUUCACAAUGAUAAUUAUCCGAAUGUACCCUACUUCGUAUUCGGUGACUUUAACUUCAGAACGGAUACGGCCGGUGUCAUAAAGAAACUCACCACGGAUACACGAGAGAGUCAAACAUCGAACAAAGGUACCUUGUCAAAAUUACAAUUCCACAACGAGAACGACGACGUGAUUCUGAGUCUCGGCAAGAAAGAGUUUAAGCAUCAUCACCAUCAAACGGUCUUCUCUGAAGACAGCGGGGAAUGGUUGCGAGAAUACGAUAAGGAGAUGUCCGAUUUCGAAGAUAGACUAUUCGAGUUUCCGAUCAAAUUUGUGCCGAGCUACCCAUUCGAAGAAGACGUGAAGGAAGGGACAAGUUAUAUGCAGACGCGAGUACCAGCUUGGUGCGAUCGGGUCCUGAUGAGUCCUACCGCAAAGUCUCUAGUCAAAGACUUAUCAGUUCCAAAUUCCACCGAAUAUGGCAUCAUUGGUCCGGAAACUUGCAUGGGCGAUCACAAGCCGGUGUAUCUGAAGGCCAAGCUGAUCUCGGACGCAGGUAUGAUUAAUUGCUGCAGCUCGCCUAAUCCCGAGCAAAACUGCUUCCGCGUGCCUGAGAGCUACAAGUUGCCUGUACCCCGACCCUUGAAUCCCUUACUGAAUCCGUUGACGGUAGUUUUAAACGAAAGCCACGAGCAGCCGCACAAUUUGAGGCUCAGCAUGACAGCUCGCUAUAAUUUCCCGGCGCAAGACUCCAACUUCCUGCUCGCAGUACCCCUCAAGCAUGAUCCUUACACCCCGGACAGCAUGGACAGUUCGAGUCCCACUGCCCUGCCCCAAAUAUCCUCGGAUCAGCAAGAGCAGUCGCAGCAAGAACAGCAGCAAGAGCAGCAGCAAGAACAGCAGUCGCAGGCGUCGACCGAGAGCCAACACAGGGAUCGCGCGGUACCGGCGGCUCUGCUCAAGUCCAAGCUCGAGCUCAUCGCUCAGGAGUUCGAGGAGGAGGAGUCGCGAGAGCACGAGGCCGGCUCGGCCGAGCGCAGCGAUCACCGGAAAAAGAGCCGGGCCAGCUACGAGGACGUGUCGUGGCAGCGCUCGCAUUUGCUCACCAGAGCCUGGCUCGAGGGCGAGGGCCAGCAGGCUUACCACUCGUUCGGCGACGAGCUACGCGCCCCGGCGAGCCAACGCGAGCAGCAGUGCCAGCAGUCCGAAGAGCUUCUGGAUGCAGCAGCCUCGCAAGCCGAUCCGUCCCCCGACGCGAUACCGCGGAUAGCCAUCAUCAACGCCAGCGACUUCGCGUCCAACUCGGGCUCCGUACGCCACUCGCAAGCCGACGACUGCGAUCAAGAUCAGGCGUGCGCCUCGGCCCUGACCACUUGCAGUAAAUCCGAUCAGCAGCUCGAGGCGUCCACCUACUCGAAUCAGAGGACGAGGAGCCUCAGCGGCACCGACUCGCGGGCAACGGCCAGUGUGGCGGUCGAGGACGAGCACAACAACGAAGAGUCCAUAUCAAACAGCAAUGACGUAAUUGACAAAGAUGAAGACGAGGGUAAUUCCAAGGACGACUCGUCCAAAAGCGAAUCACUGAAAAGUCAAGCCAUCGGCGACAGCCCUAAACAGAAGAGAAGUAAUAACCUAGCCCAGAGGAUAAGGAAAAAUCUCAUCGUAAGGAGCGGCGAACGCUGCAAAACUUGCUGUGUGCUAUCCUGACCUAAAGUAGUGAUUCAUUACUGCAACCGCUCUUUGACUGAUAAUCGUUGCACUUUUUAUCGUAAAUGACCAAACACGCCUUUUUUAUUUUUAGCCAGUAUGUCAAUUCGUGACUUAUGUAGUACAGUGAAAUACGUACAUAAAUUCACACGCUAACUGUAGUAAGCAAUUUUUUUAUUAAUAUUUACCUAAGGUAUCGUAACGAAUCUAUUGUUUGUUGAAUUGAUUUGCGCGAUUUAGUAUUUUUUUUCAUCAUUAUUAUUCAUUUGUUCGCGUUUUAUGAGACGUCUGAACAAGUGUCAUCUUGGUUCAUACGAAUCAAUUUAAGUACAAUUUAUCAGUCACUGCAGUAUUCCAAUUAAAUCUGUAGCAAAUAUCCUAUGCCAUGCUCCCUUGCCAUGCUAAAUUACAGGUCGAAACAUUACUUCUUAUGACCACGUUUUGACUAGUACGCAGAGAGUAGUUUUAUGUCUUAGUUAAUUAAAAUUAUGUAAAUAAUAUACCUUGGUAUAUUUUUGUGGUAGCCACGUGAACAACUAUAUUGCGUUGACAAAAUAUGCCAAAUUAUUAUCAAUAGGUUCCUGAACAAAUAAAUGGAAUAUUUUUCAUUCCAUAAAAAUCGAGUAUUAAAAUAUUUGCAUGGUUUUAGCCAGUUUUAAGCUAACUUUUACUUGAAAAACACUCCAUCUUUCGUUGAAAGUUAACUAUUGUAAUUAAGAAAAUGAAUAUUUUUAAUUGUCAAUGCUUAAGUAAGUAGUUGAUAAUUUUUUUUAUUCGUACAAUCAUCCUUUAGAUGUAAACACAAA